AUGACAUCAGCCCGCCGAUUAAGUCAAGCAAAGUUGAGAAUGAUGACAUUCCCGAGGACCUCGUUCGUCUACCGGGGAGAGAUCUUUAUCCAAGUAAGUCAGGAUCUUUAUCAAAGUCAAGAUUUGGACGUUUACUAUUCAGCAGGAUUGAUAGAGAUAGUAUGCAAUGACCUCCAGGCCAUCAUCGGUGAAGGCAUGCGUAAGUUGAAUCCGAUAACCAUUUCAAACAGAAUGGAUAAGGGACAACUCUACUAUUUACUCAUUCAGACAGUAGUCCCUAUUCUCGACGCUGUUACGCGACACAAAAAUGUGGGAAUUUACAGAAGACUCCAUGGAAAUACCGGCAGUGUAUCAUCAUGCGGAUUCGAAUCAUCGGACCACCCCCAUUAUGGCUUUGCAACGACUUGA